AUGAAAAAGGUUACUUUAAACCAUCAAAUUUGUUUAAAAAAGCAAAAUGUUCCAACAAUCACUCAAAAAGAAUUAACUGCUUGGUGUGAACAAGAACCUGGUGCAAAGCCUGAACUUGAACAUGCACUCCAAGAAUGGUGUUUGCAUUCACAAGGUCACAUUCAUUUAACAGAUCUAAUUUUAAUUGAAAAAGCUAAAACAUUUGCAAAAAUGCUUAAUAUACCUGAUGAUACAUUGUCAUUUUCCACUGGGUGGUUUCAAAGCUUUAAGAAUAGAAACAAUUUGAAAAGAUAUCAAUUACAUGGAGAAAGUGGUUCGGCUGAUAUUAGUGCAAUUGAAAAUGCCCUUCCCAAUCUGAAAACAGUCAUCAGCACCUUUAAAUCUGAAGAUGUAUAUAACAUGGAUGAAACUGGAUUACUUGAACCUGAUAAAACUUUAGCAACCAAACAACUUGAGGGUAAAAAAAAGGAUAAACAACAUUUGACUGUUGUACUUUGCUGUAAUGCUGAUGGAACUGAUAAACUAGAACCACUUAUUAUUGGAAAAUCCUUAAAACCCCAAUGUAUAGGAAAAAUCAAUAUGAAUAGUCUUGGAGUUGUCUAUAGAGCAAAUGGCAAAACAUGCAUGACAGCAGUUUUGUUUCAAGAAGGAAGGGAAUUGCAAAAUACACAGGUUAAGUUCUUACCACCUAAUUGCACAUCAAGGCUUCAACCUUGUGAUGCUGGAAUCAUUGCCUCUUUCAAAAAACAUUAUCUUCAUAAAUUUGUUCAUUAUCUUCUUAAAAAGGUUGAGGACAAUCCACAUGAUACCUCUAAACUUAAUGUUUUAGAGGCUAUAAAAUUCAUUAAGUUUGCUUGGACAAAUGGUGUUACAGUCAAUACCAUUGUUAAUUGUUGGAGACAUACAGGUAUUAUUGAUUUUAGUAAUGAAGAAGAAAUAGAGCAAGAAAGUGAGAAUGAAUUAGUUGCUGUCGUAGAGAGGGAAAAUUUUUUAAACCCUGUUGAAGAAAGUGAAACAGAAGAGCCUUUAGAUGAUGCAUCAAUUAUUUGUUUAGUUCAGGAGGAAAACAAUGAUGAAAAUCAGAAUGAGGAAGAAGAUAGUGAUGAAGAAAGUGAGUUACCUGCUAUUCCUAUUAAGGAAGGAUUAGAAGCUUUAGAAAAAGUUAUGACUUGCUUGUUGCAGCAACAUAAAGACUGUCCAGAUGAGAUUAAAAAAUUAACUAGUGUAAAAAAUACAAUGAAAAAUUUAUAA